CAACGAGAUGCACGGAAUGAGCUCUCUAACUUUUGCCUUAACCCUGGUCUUAUUAAUAGUAUAUCCGGGAUGCGUACAGGGUCAGGAGGGUAACCUCUUCAGGUGCAAUGUCCAGUACAAAUGUUCCGCAGAAAAGGAAUUGGUUUGGGCCAUGGCCGAUGAGCGGUGUCAUGUGUUUCACAAUCGAUGCCUUCUUACGGUGGAGCAAUGUGCUCGAAGAAACAGUGGACAAUCGGAGCUAAUAGAAAGCACAAAGGAGAUCUGCAAGCCAAGCUGUGUGAAAAAGUGCCUAGAUUCAUAUGAUCCUGUGUGUGCUCAGAUCUUCCAGGAGGAGUACAUAACCUUUAGCAACGAGUGCGAAAUGCGUAAUUAUAUAUGCACCAAUGAGCGACCCUACUCCUAUUUUGCCAUUGGAGAAUGCGUUGAGCAACCAGUUGGGUGAAUUACCUAUUGUAACUAAUUGUAUUCUUAAAAAUAUAUAUAUUAUAAUAAACA